AAACCAAUCAGGUUUCGUUUCCGACUGUCGGAGGUGAGACAUAAAGAGCAGCUGACGGGUCCCCACAGACAUUCUACCAGGAUGCUUUCAUGGGGAGAGAACUGCCAGCAGGGCUUCCGGCUGAGAGAUGGCUCGAAUGUCUCAGCAGGCGAUGGAGUUCACCUAUUAAACCUCGGCUUUGACAUCACGGAUCUCUCAGCAGGUCACAGCGUGCUGGCUUUCAUCAAAAGCAACGGAGAUGCCGCCAUCAUUCGCACAACAGAGAGCCAGGAUGGGAGAAGAGUCAGAGGAAAACAGAAGUUAGUGAAGUGUAGAGAGAAGAUUCAAGCCGUGUUCUGUGAUGAUCAUACGGUCACCCUGCUCUCUAAGGGAGGAAAAGUUCUCUUUGUGGACACAACUCGCACUUACAUUCCGAGGCCCCUGGAAGCUUUUUGUAACAUACCUGUGUCUCAGGUUGCUUGCGGGAGCCAGCACUCAGUGGCCCUCACCAAAGGUGGUCAGGUGUACACAUGGGGCCGGAACUCCAGGGGCCAGCUGGGUCUGGGGAGGAGUGAGACCUUCAUUGACUCGCCCCAACGCCUGGGGGGUCUGUCGGCGCUCCCCCUGGUCCUGGUGGCAGCAGGGGGAGAGCAGAGCUUCGCCCUCUGCGUCUCCGGGGCCGUGUUGGGCUGGGGCCGAAACGACUGUGGGCAGCUGGGGCUGGGAGACAAAGCAGACAGACCAAAACCAACUCCCGUUUGCUACCUGAACACAAAGAAAUCAAGUCACAUUUCCUGUGGAAAGGAGCACACUGCGGUUUUGACAAAGAAUGGUGCCGUGUUCACAUUCGGCUCUGGUCAAUAUGGACAGCUUGGGCACAACUCAUUCUGUGAUGAACUACGACCUCGGCUUGUUGCAGAGCUCUUUGGGGCAAAGGUCACCAAGAUUGCAUGUGGAUGGCAUCACACAUUAGUGCUGACGGAGUCCAGGAGGGUUCACUCCUUUGGCCGUGGAGAGUGUGGGCAGCUGGGACAUGCAGAGGAGAGUCAUCCGUCCGUGCCGCUCCCUGUUCAGCUACCACAGGACACCAAUCAUGGUCCUAUAAUUGAAAACAUCUACGCAGGAGGAAACUGUUCGUUUGCAACUUCGGUUAAGUUUCUUUCACAGGAAGCACGAGAAGAGUCGAACACAGCCAGGGUCAGCAAUGUAACCACUGAUGUAAUUGACAAAUGGGUCUCUGAAUGUAAUUCAAAGUCAUGGAAAAAGAUCAAGGGGGAAAUCCUCAGGACUUUUUCCUCUGCAUCCUCUAUGAAUCAAAUCUUCCUCGACCAAAGCAACGACAAACAUUUGCAGACCUCGUCAAAGUACUGCGGCUUGAACAUGUCACAUGCGCGGCAUUCUUUUAAGAAACUGUCGAGGAAGGAUCACGUCUUGGCAGAGGUCCAGGAUGCUGUGCUGCUCUUGCUUCCCUCUCUUGACGAGAUGCCGGAGGGAGUGGAGGGGUUGAGGAUCUUCCUGCUUCUCAAUGAGCUCCUGCAUUGGAUCCAGAGACACGGCACGCGAGGAACGAGCACGACUCUUACUGAGGCGGUCGCCGCUGCCGCGCAAAGACUCUCCGCUGAGAGCCUCCAGGUCUUAGGGGACUGGUGGUCCUCACAGACGUCCUCCACUAAGGUGCGACACGUUGGCGUAUGGAAGAAGGCCCUCUCAGAGAUCCUUUGCUCACAUCCUGUUCCUCGUGGCCCGCGGCUCAGAAAUCUGCUGCUAGUCCUCCAGAAUAUGUACAACGCCAACGGGCGGGUCGCAGAACAUCAGAGAAUCCCAGAACAAACCUUUUGUGUGGAGGUUAGCCAAACAUUUCUCGAGGAGGAUCUUAGGAUCUGGCGGUCAAUGUCAAAUAUGAAGGUUUUGGAUAAUCGGCCAUUUGUUCUUUGUAACUUCCCAUUUGUGAUGGAUCUGAAAUCAAAGAAAAUGGCUUUCGACAUCUAUGCCACAAUCACUCAAAGAGCACACCAGCCAAUGAUUCCUUAUGGACCGGCUACAGAGUCAUACUUUUUUUUGGGACUGAAGCUGAAGCGAGCGUCACUUUUGGAAGGUACCUUCAAGCAACUGGCUGCUGCUCAUCCCCAGGAACUCAAGAAGCCACUUGCGGUCUAUUAUGAUGAGGACCCAAAGCUCACAGACGUCAACAAAAGAGACCUUUUCCACCACUUGUUCCGUAAAAUGGUCUCCCCUGGAUCUGGAACGUUCAUGUUCAACGACUCCGAAACGCUGGCCUGGUUCCCUUCCACGGCAAAUGAGGAGGACAAGACACACUUCUUCCUGUUUGGUGUUUUGUGUGGACUGGCCUUGUGGAACAACAGCGUCAUACACUUACCCUUCCCGCUGGUCCUGUUCAAGAAGCUGCUCGGUGUCGAGCCGACGCUGGAGGAUCUGAAGGAAUUCAGCCCGGAUGUUGGAAAAAGUCUGCAGUGCAUCCUGAACUAUGACGAGGAUGAACUAAUGAAACUGGACGGGGAUUUUAUUAUAAACUGGGAUGGGACAGAGGUUUGCCUUGACCCCCGAAAUCCUGAGAAGCUACUGACAGUUCUGAAUAAGAAGGAGUUUGUGGAUGCCUACGUGAGCCAUGCCUUCAACGCGUCAGUGGAGGCCGUGUUUGAGGAGUUCAAGCGGGGAUUCUUCCGGGUGUGUGACCGGGAUCCGGUGACUCUGUUUCGGCCGGAGGAGCUGCAGGGACUGCUGGUGGGCCAAGACGUCUACGAAUGGGCGAAACUGAAACAGAACACAGUGUGGGAUCUUUGGAUUGGCUCCAGCAACAAGCAGAUGUUUUGGGAGGUUUUUGAUGAGCUGACUGAAGACCAGAGGAAAGAUUUCCUUUGGUUCCUGACCGGGUCCAGGAGGGUUCCUAUCCUUGGCAUGGACCAGGUCAGGAUGAAAGUUCAAGUUCCGCAACUCAAGAAUGGUCAGGGCUACGAUCAGCACUUCCCCGAGGCUCUGACAUGUCAUUCCAUUCUGUACCUGCCCUUGUACUCGUCCAAGGAGAUCAUGCGAGAAAAGCUGACGGAGGCCCUGAAAACUGAGAGAGUAUUCUCCAUGUGAUGUGCUGCCUUUCACAUCCUACCUCCGGAUUAAAACUAAAAUCACUGUACUUACAUGACUUGUCACUGACCAGAGAGUGGCCAUUCCUCUCUGGCAGCACUAAUGAGUAGCAGCAUGAAAAGGCACUUUGAGUGUAACAUGUAUUGAUUCCACUGAGAAUGUUAGGCUGUUUAUGUUUGUUGUUGUUUGUUUUGAUUUUUUCUCAUUAUCUGUCUUAACUUUUAUUUACUGUUUUAUUCUCAGACCAAGUUGCCAAUACAUGAAGUAGUGUCCUCAUGUUUAUUAUUUACCUUUAACUUAAUCAAAGACAUUCCAAUACAACGGCUGAUUAUUUGCUAGAAAAUGUGAUAUUUAAGCUGUAUUUUUAUUACUAUUUUUCAAUUUAUUGUUUGUGUUUAAUUGCAUUAUGUAUUAACAGGAGUAAAUUGGGUUGGAGAAGAUAUUGCUGUCAAAACAUACAAACCAAUCACUGUGUGUAAAUUAGGCUACUAUUUCCUGAAGUUUAUUUUGCACUUUAUCUUUAAUUCCUUCUGGGGGAAAUUGCUUUUUGAUGACUUAAUAAAUCUAUUAUAUUUUGUUUCUACCUCAUAAAAUGUUAUCGUUGUCGAAACCAAAAAACAUUACAUCAGAAACUCUCAAUAAUAUGCUACAUUUGUUACUUGAAAAACUAGAAAUAAAAUAUAUUUAAUUUAAAA